CCGGCUUUGUAGCUAUAGGCAUGUCUACUCUGUCCAAGGUGGUGCUGGGCAUCUCGGUGCUCUUGUCCGUGGGUACAGUCGUUGGGGUGCACGUGAAGCAGAAACUCGACAGAGAGAGACUUCGUGAAGGUGUUUUCCGUGAUUUGGAAAGGCAAGUACGGAAAGAAGAAAACCUCCGCCUUCUGCAGGAGCAAAUUGUCUUAACCAAACAGCUUGAGGAGGAACGUGACAAAAUCCUUUUAAGUGAAAGAUCCCACAGAUCUUAA